CGUCCACCCUCUCGACGCUCCGCCUACGCCCCGUCCCGCCCGGGCCUUCUCAGUCCCUCUCCCAUUGCUCCGGAUCGCUGGCGCCCCAGGGCGCAAUCGGGGAACGGGACAGCACUGGGGGCCCUACUGGGGACCCCGGGGCACGCUCCUGCUGCCAGCCAGGAGCCAGGAAUGAGGAUUAGGGCGCCCAGGCCCCGCAUCCCUCCCGGUUAUGGGGCGGGCAGGGCCGGGGAUCCGCGUCCGGGCCGCCCGAGUUCCCUUUCCCGCGCGGUCGCUGGUGAGCCCUGGCCUUGCUGGCAACGCCAGCUCCAAGUCCUGUUGUAACUCCUGGGUCACACCAGCAGUGCUGUGUCUCCCUGUCGUGGCGGGGGUGCUUUGAAUCCCACCUUCUUCCUUUUAAAAUGCAUGUUCCCCCGCUGCUCCGAGCCCCUGGGUCCGCCUCCCUCCUGUGGGGUCGCCCCGGAGACGGAGGGCGCGCUCUGGCCGCCUUUGCAGCGGGAAAGGGAGGGAGGCGCGCCCCGGAAGGCAAGGGCUUAGCCCAGUUACCCAGCCCUUUAGGGAGCGCCCCGCAGAAGCAGCAGGAUUAAUGACCAACGGGGUGGGGGAGGAGGUACCUGGACAAAACCCUAGCGCGUUCCAGUUUUCCGCGCCCCGUGUUAGUUUGCGAGCAGUCAGAACAAAAGGGACCAGCGCCCGGAUGCGAUGCCUUGGGACCCUCUGUGGGUUCUACUCCUGUGUUUGCUCCUGAGGACUUCCGAGUUACAAGCGGCACAUGCCCUUAAGCCCAAUAUUCUACUGAUAAUGGCAGACGACCUUGGCAUUGGGGAUCUUGGUUGCUAUGGGAACGAUACGCUCAGGACACCCAAUAUCGACCGGCUUGCAGAGGAAGGUGUGAAGCUCACCCAGCACUUGGCAGCCGCCCCCGUCUGCACCCCCAGCCGAUCUUCCUUUCUCACGGGGAGGCACUCCUUCCGAUCAGGCAUGGAAGCCGAUGACGGCUACCGCGCCCUACAGUGGAAUGGGGGAUCGGGCGGACUCCCCGCGAACGAAACCACCUUUGCAAGAAUCCUACAGCAGCAAGGUUAUGCAACCGGCCUCAUAGGUACUCAUACCGUUCAGGGAACCCGAGGAGCAACCAUCAAGAACACCUGUUUCCCUUCAAGGCGAAAAAGUCACCUGUCAGAACCAAAAUCGGGGAAGUGGCAUCAGGGUGUAAACUGCGAAUCCCGCACUGACCACUGCCACCACCCCCUGAACCACGGAUUCGACUACUUUUACGGCAUGCCCUUCACGCUGGUGAACGACUGUCGGCCAGGCGGGAGCCCGGAACUGGACGCCGUGACCAGAGCCAGGCUGCGGCUUUACACCCAGGUGGCGGCGCUGGGGGUCCUGACCGUCGCUGUUGGCAAGAUGUGCGGGUUAAUCUCUGUGUCCUGGAAGGCCGUCCUGGGUGCAGCCGGCCUCGUCUUCCUCUUCUUUGUCUCCUGGUACGCCAGCUUCGGGUUUGUACGUCGUUGGAACUGUAUCCUGAUGAGAAACCAUGACGUCACAGAGCAGCCCAUGGUUUUGGAAAGAACGGCGAGUCUCAUGCUACACGAGGCGGUUUCUUAUAUUGAAAGAAAUAAGCACAGGCCAUUCCUCCUGUUCGUGUCCUUGCUGCAUGUACACGUUCCCCUGGUGACCACAAAACAGUUUCUCGGGAAAAGCCAGCACGGCUUAUAUGGCGACAGCGUGGAGGAGAUGGAUUGGCUUGUAGGCGAAAUCCUCAAGGCUGUUGAAGUAAACGGUUUGAAAAACACGACAGUCACGUAUUUUACGUCUGAUCACGGAGGACAUUUGGAGGCCAGAGACGAACACAGCCAGCUAGGGGGAUGGAAUGGAAUAUUCAGAGGUGGCAAAGGGAUGGGGGGCUGGGAAGGCGGCAUCCGCGUCCCAGGCGUCUUCCGCUGGCCUGGGGUGCUGCCGGCCGGCCGAGUGAUCCACGAGCCCACCAGCCUGAUGGAUGUUUUCCCCACCGUGGUCCAGCUGGGGGGCGGUGAUGUGCCCCAGGACAGGGUGAUCGAUGGCCGUAGUCUGGUGCCCUUGCUUCAGGGGACUGCUGAGCACUCUGCACAUGAGUUCCUGUUUCAUUACUGUGGGAAGUACCUCCAUGCGGCACGCUGGCACGAGAAGGACAGCGGAAGACUCUGGAAGGUCCACUACAUGACACCACGGUUCCACCCCAAGGGCGCGGGGGCCUGCUACGACCGACACUUGUGCCCCUGCUCCGGGGACGGCGUGACCCAGCACAGCCCGCCUCUGCUCUUUGACCUCUCCAGGGACCCUUCGGAGGCGCGGCCCCUGUCCCCCGGCUCCGAACCCCGGUACCAUGCGGUGGUAGCACGGGUGGGCGAGGCAGUAAAGCAGCAUAGAAGAACCCUGAGUCCUGUGCCCCCCCAGUUGUCCCUGGGCAACAUCAUCUGGAAGCCGUGGCUGCAGCCGUGCUGUGGAACUUUCCCCUUGUGUGCGUGCGGGCAGGACGGAGAUCCCAGUGAGACGUGACCUCACCCUUGGCAGGAUGCCCGUCAUCAGACAGACGGGGCGGAACGUGUUGGCGAGGAUACGGAGAAAGGGGAACCCUCGUGCACUGUUGCUGGGAAUGCAAGCUGGGGCAGCCACUCUGGAAAACAGUAUGGACAUUCCUCAAAAAAAUUAAAACUAGAGCUACCCUAGUGAUUCCACUCCUGGGUAUUUGCCCAAAGCAAAUAAAAACAGGAUCUGAAAGCUAUCUGCACGCCCAUGUUCAUAGCAGCGUUCUUCCCAGCAGCCAAGACAUGGAAACAACCCAAGGGCCCAUCGAUGGACGGGUGGGUAAAGAGCACGUGGUCCUUGCACGCCAUGCCACUCGACUCCUCCGUGAGAAGCAGGGAGAUCCUGCCCUUUGUGACAAUGCGGACGGACCUGGAGGAUGGCAUGCAAAGUGCAAGAAGCAGAACACAGAUCGAAAAAUACCGCGUGAUCUCACCGAUUCGUGGACUGUUAACAAUAAAGUCAAACAGAAGCAAA